AGGAUGCAAAAGUUAACGGAGGAAUAAUAAGCAACGAAGCUGGCUUUUAGCGCAGACGAAUUAUUAUGAAUAUUUCGAAGCGUGGUGAAUUCUGUUGAACGCUUUAUAAACAUUUCACUCAAACGGAAGACAGUCGCGCUCGCCAAGGAGAGAGAGAACCGCUCUUAUUCAACAACACCAGGAAAAGUGCACACAAUAAUAGCAAGCUAGCGAAGUAGCAGGCAAGCGGACUGUGGGGUUCAUUCAGCACAGCUUUCAGAAACAACCUCGGUCGAGUAUUUCAAGGAUUAUACUUCGUGUGCAUGGGACUCAGUUUCUGUUUUGACACAUUGUUGUUUUGGACUGAUUUUAAGCUGAGGCUUGCUUCACCGAAAAUGCGGCUCGAGGCCUGCUGGGCUUCUCGCUAAAAUGCUGUUUAUCAUCAAGUCCUGCAUUUCUGUGUGUUUUGUCAAGGAAGCGUAUCGUUCUUCACAUUGAGAUUAACUGGAUCUGACUCUCAUGGAAGCCAAACUAUAGUGAUUCUCGUCGUCUCGAGCAGCUUAUUUUCCUCCCGGACUGGCCAUCUCUGCAAGAUCUACUCAACAUCCAGCAAAUCUCUGACAUGUUAACAAGCAGACGACUCAAAGCCGCUCAUCUGCUUGCGAGUCAUGUCAAAUUACACCCUCUGUUGAAGCGUUGGGUCAAGCCUGGUUGAUUGUGUCCUCACAGCUCCUAUUUACUGGGGGUCUGGCCGAGAGUAGAUCUCAGUAGCUGAUCGGCCCUCUCCUUUUGUCCUGCCAGUGACUGAAGCCGCUAAGAUGAACCCGGUAAACGCCACCGCGCUGUACGUGUCGGCCUGUCGCUCUCUUGUGCAGUGCGACCCGAAGGACCCGGAGACGUACGGGGCGCUGUUUACGUCCCUUCCUUUUAGAGACUCCCUGUCCUGCCUAGUCUGUGGGAAUUUGCUUCAGGAUCCACUUGCUCCCAAAAAUUCCUCCUGCCAGCACUAUGUAUGCAAGGGUUGUAAAGGCAAGAAAAUGUCAUUGAAGCCAUCCUGCAGCUGGUGUAAAGACUAUGAGCAGUUUGAGGAGAACAAACAGCUCCAGAUUCUGAUCGACUGCUACAGGAAUCUCUGCGAAUGUGUCUCAGUGUGGGUCACGACAGAGCAGAGCGUCUUGGGAGUCAAAGGGUACCCUGAAGUGAAGAAGAUGCUGGAGGAGGUGCUGGGGGUGGAUCUGGAACAAGAAGAACUCAGUCCUGUUAACGACACUUUGGAGGAUCCCCAUCUAAAAACUGACCCAGAGUCCUCACAAAGCUCUGCUGAUGUCAAUCUGACUGACUCAGACAAACCCUCUGAUCAGACCUCAUCUGAUCCAGAGUCCCCUAAACCUAUCUGUGCUGAUGAACCAUUAAGCUCAAGCUCAGAACUUCACAUGGGUAGCGUCAGCGCUGACGUUGUAAAGUGCAGCAUUAGUCCAGAGAACAGCCCUGAGUCUGUGCACCUCAGUGAGGAGAGCACAGAUAUCCUGGAGGACCUCAAAUUUGACAUUGUAAACAAGGAGAUGUCAUUUGAACAGACUAAAUUAACAGCAGAGCUGUGUCAGCAUUCAUUGCAGUCCCAAACUAGUGGUGCUGCACCAGGACACCCACCGCAACCUCAGACAGGCCUGACGUGCCUCGCCGCAGCCCACAGAAAAGUGCGCCUGAGCCGAAAGCGCUCUCGCUCUGAGAGCGACAGCGAGAUGCUUCAACCUCUGCCCAUCACCAGCCUCAUCCAAGGGCCAUCGGUAGCUGCCACAGCUCCGCCGAAAACAGCAUUUGAACCCAAAGCACCCUCACCACCACCGGUCAUGGUCACCAAUGGAGGUGUUUUAAAGAUUAACAAGACUGUCCUGGAUUCAACAAAAAAUAUCCAGAUAAACUCAGACAUGAUUAAUAAGAAAGUUCAGGCGAAGUCAAAAGUGAGCGUUCCGAAAGCAAAGAGCAAGUCGAAGGAGAGGGUGCUCUCGCCUAGCUUGUUACCGGGACAGCCUCCUAAAGUAGUAUACAAAAAGACUCAAGAGAAAAAAGGCUGCAAGUGUGGACGAGCCACUCAGAAUCCAAGUGUUCUUACCUGCAGGGGUCAGCGGUGUCCCUGCUACACCAAUCGUAAGGCCUGUUUGGACUGCAUCUGCAGGGGCUGCCAGAACUCGUACAUGGCCAACGAGAAGAAGCUUGAGGCUUUCGCAGUGCCCGAAAAAGCCCUGGAACAGACCAGGCUCACUCUCGGCAUCAACCUCACCAGUAUUUCGGUCAGAAACACUGGCACGAAUGCUGCAGGAGUUCUCAGCCUUUCCGCAGGCUCACCGAUGGCCUCUUUUCUGGCAUCCAGCGCAGACGAGGACCAGAGUUUUGAAGAUGCUCUCAAGAUGCAUUUUGACUGUUGAUGGCUGUCCUGCUACUGAUCUCCCUAUCAGCCGUGGUUGAUUCACAGAUUAUGUCGAGCAGAAUGUUUGCCAAAACUCUUGACUGUAGAUUUCAUGUUGAAUUUACACCAUCACAAAUGUACACACUGCUGUAAUGGAAAGUUACUGUGAAGCUGGAAUUGUGUGUGUGUUUUGUUUGUUUUUUUGGAAGGAACUGUAUGCUUCUAUACAAUUCAUAAUGAACUAAUGAUCUGAUAAGCGUCUGAUAUCUCUCUUUACAUGUUAUAUGACCCAAACCUUAAAAUGAGUUUCACAGGUAUUUGUGUGAUCACUUUCUGGCCAACAAGAUUGACUCAUAACCCAAAUGUUAAUUAAUUUAAUUUGUUUACAUUUCUGUGGUGACAAUGUUUUAAAAAAUGUGUAUGAAUAUAUUGCUUCGAAGCAUUUGUGGAAGGUAAAAUUCACAGCUAUCUGUAUUGUCAGGUGAAAACACAAUUUACUAAUGGUGGAAAAUGUAGCACUUAGUCCCAAUAGUGUUGAUGGGUUUAGAGGCCCAUAAUGAUCUUAUAGGACUGAGGUGUCCUGUCAGGGAUACAGUUUUUUUUUUGUUCUUAUUUUUUCUGAAUGGAAAAUA